CGCACGAUUUUCCGCGUUCGUCCCGUUGCGUUAUCGCCGGCAAAGCUCACGAUACUAUCGCGUCACGUUUACGCGAAAAAAUCUUUUAAUAAAUUUUUUUUUUUUUGUUUUUGUAUAAAUUGAUUUUGAUAUUGGAGGCCGACACACGGUCCGUCAAGUCGAUUUCACAUAGAUUUUUUUCCGUGGUUCGUCGGUCGAGUGGUUAUCGCGUCUUCCACUUCUCUGCUCCGACAUCUUUCGCUUGGUUCGUCAUGCGGUAGCGUAUAGUGAUAGUGCCGUUAUAAUAAAACAACKAUUUUACGAUAUUGCCAAAUAUUUUGAUCAUCGUCGUGGUCUGUUUUCAAUCUAACCGUCUUGCACAAAUUAUUGCUCCUGGCGAAGAAAAAUAAAUCACGACGAUAAUCCGGACACAUCUCGUACACUGUUGCUAUUCGCUAUGCCAGUGGUCAUAAACAGUUCCAGUGGUCGUCGCAUAGCGUGAAAUCAGCCUACCAAACUUAUCAACGUGCAUAAUGAGGCCGUUCGUGGUCGGGGUAGGAUUGGCACUGCUGCUGGCCAUAAGUACGUUCCGUGAUGUCAUAUGCUUGCAAAAUGGUGAUGGGAAAAAAAACUCAGUACCGGAAACUGGAAGCAAACCCGUCGAAAAACCUUUGGCUCCUUUGCGUGGUAUCUCUACGGUGCUGCCACCGCGGAACACGUCCAACUCGACUACCAUGGUUGGUACCUUGACCACAACAGAAGUAUUGAACGUGACGCAAAGCAGCGCACUGGACGACACGCAACUCCAACGGACAUUACUCAAACCGAAAUUUUUGACAGAAAACUCGUCGACCGUUGUCGCGCAGACGGGAGCGUCCAGCCGGAUAUCCUGUCUCGUCGCCAACCUGGGUGACUGCGUGGUUUCCUGGAUUCGUAGACGAGACUACCGACUACUCACAGUCGGGCUAUCCACAUACACAGAAGAUUUGCGGUUUCAAUCUCUGCACCAUGUUCAGACUGGGGAUUGGACACUACAGAUAAAAUACGUUCAACUACGAGAUGCCGGUUUGUACGAAUGUCAAAUAUCAUCACAUCCACCGAAAAGCAUUUUUAUCAAUUUAAAAGUUGUCGAGGCACAUGCCGAGAUAGCCGGUGCUUCCGAGAAGUAUCUGAUGCUGAAUAGUCCUCUGCAUUUGGAAUGUGUCGUCCAGCAGAGCCCCGUGGACUUGGUGUACAUAUUCUGGUACCACGACAGCCGAAUGAUCAACUACGACAUCGAUCGCGGUGUGAACGUCACGUCCGACUUACCGAACAAGCACAGUGCAUUGUAUAUUGAACGCGCCUCCCGCGCUCAUUCCGGCAACUACACGUGUGCACCGAGCAAUGCGUUCCCUGCCAACACGGUCAUCCACAUUCUCAACGGUGAGAACCCAGCGGCCAUGCAACACGGACACGGACGAAGUCUGAACAUGCUUAGCUAUCCAUCCAUAUGGAUACUCAUACCUUCUUUAGUGAUGUUCCUCAACUUCAAUACAAAUUAAGAGCGCAAUAUUAUUGGUGUGCGACAGAAAGUGCGUGCAAAAUGAAAAACACUAUGCCUUUGUAAUAACUAGGUAUAUUAUUGUAAUAUUGAUAAUAAUAAUAAUUAUAAUAAUAAUAAAUAUAACAGAUUAA